AUGGGCCGUCUCGGGGCUCGAGCAACUGGCGCAGCAUUGUUGCUUCUUGCCGCCAACUCCAAUGCGCAGACCACCACAGCCACCAGCAGCUCACCAUCCGCCUGCCCAACAGUCCUCACGCCAGACUAUCAAGCACCUGUAGUCGGCGGUGGAUGGACCGCACAACUUGCUGUCACUGGGCUGAAGAGACCCCGCAGCAUCAUAUUCGACGAGAACGGCGCCUUGUUGAUCGUGCAAGGCGGCACGGGCAUCCAGCAUGUCACCUUCAACGACCAAGGUGGCACUUGCCUGUUUGUAAAGGAGACCAAGAACCUCAUUGAGAAUUCGGAUCUCAACCACGCGAUCGAGCUGUCUGCUGAUGGCAAGACGCUCUACGCUUCAACCUCAGAGGCCGUUUAUUCCUGGCCCUAUGACGCUGCGGCUGGAACAGUCGAUCUAGACAACAACGUAACUCUGAUCAGCAACAUGAGCAACUCGGACCACGUCUCUCGCACCCUGCUUCUAUCUCGCAAGGUCAAUGGAACCCUCCUCGUCUCACGCGGGAGCGGCGAGAACAUGGAUUUCAGUGCUCAGGAGGUCAGCUCCGGUAUCUCGCAGAUCAAGGCUUUCGACAUCAACAACCUGCCGGACGGGCACCCUUAUGACUACGCUUCCGAGGGGACGCUCAUUGGCUGGGGCUUGAGAAACUCCGUUGGCGUGGCCGAGCAUCCCGUCACCGGCGGCAUCUACAGCGUUGAGAACUCGGCCGACCAGAUCAAGAGAAGCGGGACUGAUAUCCACCAGGAUGAUCCCGGUGAGGAGAUGAACUACCACGGGUUUCUCAACAGAACCGACGAACUACAUGGCAAGAACUAUGGGUAUCCCGACUGCUUUGCACUCUGGGGCACGGAUAUCCCAGACAAGGGAAAGUUGACAGUUGGCGACCAAUUUACACUUGACCCGAAUAGCGAUCUAAACGACACCACCUGCGCGGAUGAAUAUGUCUCGCCGAGGCUGACUUUCCAGGCUCACACCGCACCGCUGGACAUGUUGUUUACCCCUGACGGCGCUGAGGCUUAUAUCACGUUCCACGGCAGCUGGAACCGGGACGAGCCCGUCGGCUACAAGCUCUCGCUCGUCAAGUUCUCCAACGGCGAGCCCGUCGAGCCCUCAGACAGCACCACCUCGACCGAGGACAUCCUCAGCAACGCCGACCUGAGCGACUGUCCCGGCAGCUGCUUCCGGCCGGUCGGCGUCGCGCUGGACAGCCAGGGCCGGCUGUGGAUGAGCUCGGACUCGACCGGCGAGAUCUACGUGCUGCAGAAGGCCGAGAUGACGGCGCUGGGUCCUAGCGGGACGAGCACUGCGUCCGGCAGUGGCACGCUCGUCACCUCGACCUCGACCUCGGCUACAUCUCCCAACAUUGCGCCGCGGUCUGCUAGGAAUCAGCCUGGCCAGGAGGCUCUGUGGUUGACUUUCCUUGCUAUCUCGCUGUCGUUUGUUGGCGGUGCGUUCUUUGCGAUGGCUUAA